AUGGGAAUAUCAUAUGGACUGAGAGGAGAUUCAGCUGCUGCUGUCGCCACGGGGAAGGAGAAGGUUCACAUCAACAUUGUGGUGAUUGGCCAUGUGGACUCCGGCAAGUCCACCACCACCGGCCACCUCAUCUACAAGCUUGGAGGCAUUGACAAGCGUGUCAUCGAGAGGUUUGAGAAGGAGGCAGCCGAGAUGAACAAGCGGUCGUUCAAGUACGCCUGGGUGCUUGACAAGCUCAAGGCCGAGCGCGAGAGGGGCAUCACCAUCGACAUUGCCCUGUGGAAGUUUGAGACCACCAAGUACUACUGCACCGUGAUUGACGCUCCUGGGCACCGUGACUUCAUCAAGAACAUGAUCACCGGCACCUCCCAGGCUGACUGUGCCGUGCUCAUCAUUGACUCCACCACUGGUGGCUUCGAGGCUGGUAUCUCCAAGGACGGCCAGACCCGUGAGCACGCGCUCCUUGCUUUCACUCUUGGGGUGAGGCAGAUGAUCUGCUGCUGCAACAAGAUGGACGCCAACACCCCCAAGUACUCCAAGGCUCGGUACGACGAGAUCGUCAAGGAAGUGGGGUCGUACCUGAAGAAGGUUGGGUACAACCCGGACAAGAUCCCCUUCGUGCCCAUCUCCGGUUUCGAGGGUGACAACAUGAUCGAGAGGUCGACGAACCUGGACUGGUACAAGGGCCCCACCCUCCUGGAGGCGCUGGACCAGAUCAACGAGCCCAAGCGGCCCUCGGACAAGCCCCUGCAGGACGUGUACAAGAUCGGCGGCAUCGGCACCGUCCCCGUGGGCCGCGUGGAGACGGGCCUCCUGAAGCCCGGCAUGGUGGUCACCUUUGGUCCCACGGGCCUGACGACGGAGGUCAAGUCGGUGGAGAUGCACAUGCACCACGAGACGAUGCAGGAGGCGCUGCCCGGCGACAACGUCGGCUUCAACGUGAAGAACGUGGCGGUCAAGGACCUGAAGCGCGGCUACGUGGCGUCCAACUCCAAGGACGACCCCGCCAAGGAGGCUGCCAGCUUCACGGCGCAGUUCUCGGAGCUGCUCACCAAGAUCGACCGGCGGUCGGGCAAGGAGCUGGAGAGCGGGCCCAAGUUCCUCAAGAACGGCGACGCCGGCUUCGUCAAGAUGAUCCCCACAAAGCCCAUGGUGGUGGAGACCUUCUCGGAGUAUCCUCCGCUGGGGCGGUUCGCGGUGCGCGACAUGAGGCAGACGGUGGCCGUGGGCGUGACAAAGAGCGUGGAGAAGAAGGACCCGACGGGAGCUAAGCUGACCAAGGCGGCUGCAAAGAAGAAAUGA